GGCUGACUCAGACACUGCUGGCCAAACUCGCUGGCAGCCCAUGCCUAACUCCAGCUUAGGGGCUCAAGCCUAGCCCAGGGUGGGAGCUGUCCACAGGGGACUGAGUGCUGAAACUCUCCAGAGCCUGAUAAGCAAGAACAGGAGAAAGGGUUGGAAGGGCUGCAGGGUUGAACGGAACUCCCCUUUCUCCGGAGUCUUCUCUCCUCAGAGAUCCCCUGCCGUCACCCACUCCUGGUUAGGGGAGAGACAUGGCGUUCAUGGUGAAAACCAUGGUGGGAGGCCAGCUGAAGAACCUCGCUGGGGGCCUGGGGGGCGGCGAGGAGAAGGGUGAAGGGGACAAAUCGGCGGCCGAAGCUCAAGGCAUGACUCGGGAGGAGUAUGAGGAAUAUCAGAAGCAACUGGUAGAGGAGAAGAUGGAACGAGAUGCACAGUUCACACAAAGGAAGGCAGAAAGGGCUACCCUUCGCAGCCACUUCAGAGACAAGUAUCGACUGCCCAAGAACGAGACAGAUGACAACCAGAUCCAGAUGGCUGGGGGUGACGUGGAGCUGCCCAAGGAGCUGGCCAAGAUGAUUGAAGAGGACAAUGAGGAGGAAGAAGAGAAGGCUUCAGUUAUUGGACAGUUGACCAGCAUCCCCAACCUGGACCUCGGCUCCAUCAAGGACAAGGCACAGGCUACUUUGGGAGAAUUAAAGCAAUCAGCUGAAAAGUGCCACAUCAUGUGACCCCCCCAUCCUGUCCUCAGCCCCCCAGGGCUGUCAGUCUGCCCGGCCCUACCUCGGUGUGAUCUGUAGGGAUGGGGUGGCUAGGACAGGGAUGGCUGGAGGUUGGGAGACCCAGCUGGCAGGGAGGGUAUCUGUAGAACAGUAUCACUCCCCUGGGGUCCAGGGAGGGCUCCCCUGGCGACCCACAUUCUGUCUCUGAGUCCCUAUUUCUCCAGGGUCCUCCUCCAUCCUAGCUAGUCUGCCUUCUGGUCUCCACCGACCCCCACCCCCGAUAUCCUUAGCUCUGGUCCCUUAUCUAGAGGAUGGUUAUAUGGGGCUACUCUGGUAGCAAAGCCCCUCUUCCCCAGUCAAGUGUGGGGCUGACAUUUAAGGACAAGGGAGAGCAGGAAGUUUUCCUAACCCAUCCUUCAAACACACACACACACACACACA